UGUGAGCUGAGCGACCGGCUCCCAGCUUGUCGCAAGAUGGCGGCGGGCGCCUCGGACUCUCUGGAAGAUAUGCUGCUCUUCUCCGAAGAGGUGGACGAGAAGGCGGUCAGCGACCUGGUGGGCUCCCUGGAAUCACAGCUGGCCGGCGGGCGGGGCUCCGCCGAGGGGGGCCCCCCUAACAGCAGCCCCCCAUCCCACCAGCAGCAAGAGCACCAGGGGAGCCUGGUGCAGGGCGGCAGCCCAGUCCAGCAACAGCAGCAAGGGCAUCCUGCUCCUCCUCAUUUCCCCGGGGCAGGGGAGGCCGCCAGGUGUCCACGUGCCGUGGGCAGCCCACCCCCAGCCUUGUCUCCGCCAGCGGCGACAGCCGGGAGGGCAGCGAGUGUAAACAGUAGUAGCAUGCAGCAAUCACAUGGAGCAGCUCCUUGGAGCAACAACCCGAGUGUACCUGCUGCCCCUGCCCCACUGCAGUCCGCUGCCCCACCUCCGCCUGUUGGCGCCCCAACCCAGCCUGUCAACAACCACGUGGAUGCCAAAGCCGCUGCUGGCAGUGGUGCCUGGGAAAUGGAGAGCCCCAGACCUGGGUGUAGUUCUCCGGCAGCAGCCGCUGGUGCGGUGGACAGUGUGUUGCUGCUUAACUCCGAGGCCGCCACUGCUGGAGGGUUGCCCGAGGCUGCCGGUGCUGUCACUCCAGUAGCAGCAGCCGCAGCAAGUCGGGAACUUGCAAAGGCGGUAAUGCUGGGUAGUACAGCUGCUGCUGCUCCUCCUCCUCCUCCUCCUGUUCUCUCUCUUCUCCAGGGACCUGCGCUGCAUACUGUUCCUCCCGCAGCACACAGUGGGAAUGGCACUUCUUCCAGCGUUCCUGUGGUUGUCACUCAGAGUCUAAAGGCUGGUUGUGCCCCAGCAGCAAUAACACAAGUUGUUAACCAUCAGAAUCCGGCUGUCAGCCACAGCAAACCAGACUCCUCCACAGCACAGACUAAAUUUCUCACACACAAUCCUGCAGUAAAUGCACUCAGUAACUCUACCAGUUCUGUUCCUACAAUGAACCUUGUCACCCAUCCAGCCCAAAAUUCAGUAGCCAACUGUGCCCCGGUAGUGUCCAGCCCGAUCACUCUCACUGCUAUUUCUAAACCUGCAGUUAAUAUUAUAGGGCCACCUGGCUCUGCUGUUGGUGUAGCCAAAUCAGCCACUGCUGUACCUGUCGUCUCUGCAGUCCCCCAGUUGUUGUCACCCAGACCUGCAGUGGGUUCUGCUCAGAGAAUAGUUGCACCACAACUGAUUGUUAGACCGCCUCAGCAGACUACAAUCCAGUUGCCUCCAGGUUUUACUAUACCACCUGGUAUGGUCUUGGUGCGCACAGAAGCUGGACAGCUUGUAAUGGUACCUCAGCAGGUUUUAGCCCAGGCUCAAGUGCAAGCUCAAGUACGAACACAAGGGCAAGGACCUGCCAGCAUCUCACCCAGGCUUUCAUUGCCCACAAGUGGUCCAGUUUUUCAUUUAACAACAACCCAGCAACCUACUUCUGUAGCCGCAUCUGCUGUCCACCUGGGACUUCCAGUGCAAGCCAAAGUUGUACAAUCAACUGCUACACCAGUUAGUGCUACAUCUACUGCAACCUUACCUGGAGGCUCUACUCUGUCACACACUACAGUAUCAGUAGCUACCACAAGUUCUCAGAGUUUAAUUAAAACAGCAGCAGCAACUGGAACCCCAGCAACUCAACAACCUACAGUAAUUUUUGGAGGACAAACUCAAACCGCAGCACAACCCCAGGGUCAUCCACGGUUGCCACUUCUACCCCAUACGACAGCACAAGUACCAGCACGGCCCCAGGUCAUACCUAGCUCUCCUGUACCAGGGACUACAGUUGUAUCACAGGAAAUGCAAGAGAAUGUGAAGAAAUGCAAAAACUUUUUAGCUACCCUGAUAAAACUUGCUUCCCAUAAUUCAUCUUCUCCAGAAACAUCCCAUAAUGUGAAAGCUCUGGUUCAGGAUUUGCUGGAUGCAAAGAUUGAUCCAGAAGAAUUUACAGGCUGCCUUCAGUCAGAGCUGAAAUCAUCUCCUCAGCCAUAUCUAGUACCUUUCCUGAAGAAAAGUCUGCCGGCAUUGAGACAAUCUUUAUUGAAUAGCCAACAUUCGGUUUUGCAAGGACAGCCAUCUCAGCAGCCGCUUCAACAAACCAAGCUGUCACAAGUUAUACCUCAACCUGCCUCUGGAAGUAUUUCCUCUAAUGUCACAACUCAGACAGUAGGAAUAAGGCAACCAAACAGCUUUUCCACAUUUGUAUCAAAUACAGUUCAGCCUCCUCAGGUUAAACUAGUACAGUCAAAUCAGAGUACUCAACUGAUUAUCCAGUCAACAUCUGCUCAAACUGUGAAACGAAACCCUGCUUGCCAGACUACCCAGAUUAGGAUGCCAGUGGUAAUAACUCAGACCAUUAGACCACAAGGCACAGUAGGGAAGGCACCAACAAUACAAGCCAGCCAAAGUCCUGGGGGCUUUGGUGUUCAGGUCUCUGCAAAUCAGAAAAACAAGUUGAAUGACCCUGGAGGUGGAUCUUUCAGAGAUGACGAUGACAUCAAUGAUGUUGCCUCUAUGGCUGGAGUUAACCUUAAUGAAGAGAGUGCUCGAAUUAUGGCAACCAGCUCCGACUUGGUUGGAACCCAGAUACAGUCUUGUAAAGACGAACCCUUUCUUGCUGCUAUCCCUUUACAUAAACGAAUACUAGAAAUGGCUAAAAAAUUAGGAAUUACAGAUGUGCCUGCUGAGGUGGUUACCUUUAUUUCCCAUGCAACACAAAACCGAUUGAGAACCGUGAUAGAAAAAGUAACAAUGGUAACACAGCACCGAAUGGAAUCGCACAAAGAUGAUGAAUGGUAUGAACAGGCUACAGAUGUUCGAUCACAACUGAAGUUUUUUGAACAGUUGGAGCGUUUAGAAAAGCAAAGAAAAGAUGAACAAGAAAGGGAAAUUUUGUUAAAGGCAGCCAAGAGUCGCUCAAGGCAAGAAGACCCAGAGCAAGCUAGGCUGAAACAAAAAGCAAAGGAGAUGCAGCAACAAGAACUAGCACAGAUGAGGCAGAGGGAUGCCAACCUAACUGCAUUGGCAGCUAUUGGUCCACGAAAGAAACGGAAGCUUGAUUCACCUGGUUUACUUACCAUAGGAAGAGAGGCUUUGGGCAUGACCAGUGGAGGUCAGGCUGGUUAUGGGGCCUCUUCAUCCAGACAGUAUAUGCGACAGAAAAUAACUCGAGUAAACCUCAGGGACUUCAUCUUUUACAUGGAACAGGAAAGAGAAACUAGCCAUUCUCUCCUGCUUUACAGAGCUUUACUUAAAUAAAGCCAAGAAUUGUACUGGUUUUCUCAUAGAGAAGCUCAACCUGCAUUGAAAUUCUGUAAUUUGAAUGUGCCUUCUAUUUUUUUUUCAGAUGUCAGUGUUCCAGUAGUUUGUUUUUGCAAAGUUGUCAGACACAUGCAAUAAAUCCCCUUUACAUAAAAUGAAAGAAAGAAAUGAAAAUGUGCAAAAGGUUUUUAAAGAGGUUAAAUCCAUGGAUAUGAUCUAUGCUUAAAGUUUUACGGCGUUUGGCCAUUUUUAGAUGAGGCUAACCUGAGUAGAUGAGAGGGGAGUUUAUACAAAUUCAGAGCCGGAUUGCAAAUGCUUACACAAGUCAUCCCACUGAUGACACGGGGCAACUUGUAAGAAGAGUUUUAGGAUUGGCCCUGAAGGAUGGUAUUUGUUUUAUUAGCAGUAUGUUCAAUAACAGUGCUAGCUUUUCUCUUUCCUUAACUUUUACUAGCACUGUUUUCAGUGACUAACCACAGUGAUGCCUAUUAUAAUUUUAGAUUAGUUACAAUUACAAUUUUUUGCACAGCUGAAAGAGUAACCAUCCUGCACUCCCACAAAUUUUAUAUAUUUAUGAUUUUUGCUUUUACUACUCAUUUGCUGAGCCAGUUCCUAAGUGUAUGAAAUCUGUGCAUUCAGGUCCCAGCUGAGUCACCUUGAAUAGCUUCUAGUUGUUUUCUAAAUCUGCUCAACUUUUUGUACAUUUGUAGCAGCUGGUUAGUAACAUGGAUCUGAGUUGUUUUUUUAUUUUAAAACAACUUUACUGUGAAGAGUAUGGUUUAAUUGUGGUUUUAAAAAUGAGAGAGUAAAGAUUUGAGAGUAUUCUACACCGAUUUUUAAAGUCAUAAUUAAAACCAGUUGUGAUAUAGAGGGGCCAGUCCUGCUCUCAUUGGAGUCAGUGGGAGCAGUAUGAAGUCCUCAGGGUCCAAUCCUGCAAGGUCAUCAGUGUCAUCACAGAAGUCACUGGGAGUUGACCUUGCCUUGCAUGAUCAGACCCGAUCCAGAAAAUCACUUAAACGUGUGAAACUUUCAGCAUGUGAAUAGGUGUAAGUACACACACGUGCUUAACUGCUUUGCCGGAUUGGAGCAUAAAUUACCAAAGCCAAUGGGAGUCUUCUUAAUAGGCUUUGGAUAUAGUAUUCAGUAAGCAGGAAGACACCAGUCAUAGUUCAGCCACAACAGUAUUUUCAGUAACGACUGAAGGGAGGCAUUUGCUUAUUUAUAUUUUCAAAAUUUACUACUUUUAUGCUUGCCACUUUUUUGAGGCAGUAUUUUUUUUUGGAUGGGAAACAAUACUGAAAGCACAAAUAGAACUAUCUGUCCAAUAGUUUUAAAAACAAUUUUAAUUAUAUUUUAAGGUUUGUUAAAAGCAGAAAAAAAUUUAUACUGCUGCUAUUUAGCCAAAAGAUUAUUCAUACCGUAUUUAAGGCCAGGAAGUGUAAAAUUAUGUUUUAAUGUACUGAUGAUGUGUACAUAUUGUUUAUAAAGACCCUGUCUUUAUUAGAAUUAUGUUAUUUUGAUUAUUUCUGUACAUACUGGUAAAUACCCCAAUUUGUGUGAAAACAUAUUUCCUUAUUUGUACUUAUUUUGUAAAGAAAUAAAACAGUUUACUAAAGUAACACAUUUGAGCAACAUACAGUAUUAAUUUAUCAAACAUUAAUUUCAGUUUCACAUUGUCCUGUAGUUUUUAAGCACUGUUCAAAAACAUUUUGCAUUAAAAUAUUAACAAUAUCCACAAAGAAAUACUAAAACUGAGUAUUUAAUGUUCUGUUGUGCUGAUCCUUAUUAUUUGUCAAACAUCUAAUAAAACUGUCAACAAACCUCGAUGCUAUUAAAUACAGUCAGUGAAUGCACACAACAUUUGCUUUCUUAAAGACUUGUCCAAUAAGCACAACAUAACAUUCUCCUUUCACUUUUCUCUCAGACUUGGGAGCACAGUGGCACAGAACAGUACAUGUAAAAGUGCUAGAGAAGACUGAAGUUCUCAAAACCACAGUUUCAGUGCUCAGCAAAGAGAUUCCAAGUUCAGUGAAAUUAGAUUAAAAAACCAAGUAUGUUUACUUUUCGGCCUUCAAACUAAAAGCAUUUGCUGUCUGCAAACCACAGUUUUACUGGAGACGUGAUGAUAUUUUAAAAACUUUUACGUGACACUGAGCAAUGUUCUUAAUCAAGCUGUGUUACUAUGGUUUAGGACAGAAGUAAAAAUUCACAUCAGUUUUUGCUGAUAUUGCUACUUUAGAAUAUGGGGAUAUAAAAAAGUAAAAGAGAUACAAAUGAAACUGUAAUAAACAUUAAAUCAGUGACCUGAAGUCGCUAACUAAAAGAACAUGUCCUAGCUUAACUUUUCCCUUUUUAAAAAAAAAAGGGCAUAUUUCUCCUAACGAAGUGAUUGUUUCCAUAUGUCUUGCUUGCUGCAGUGCUGUUUUGCAGUUAAUGUUGUGAUGUCAUGGCUCAAACUUUCCAUCUCAAGUUCACAUUUAACUCAGUUGGAGCAGCCUGGAAUCUUUUAUGAUGCCACCUUACCAAACCGCUGUCGGUACUGUAACUGCUUUAUUGAGCUAUAAAAAUAUGGUGAACACCAAACAGAAGAAAACAGACAAACAAAACCACAAAUACUUAAUGGCUCUCUACAUACAUCUAAAGCAUUCUGCCUAUGGGCUUGAUCUUGAGAGGAGCACAGGGCCUUUCAACUUCCAUUUUACUUCAACUUGAGCUGAAAGUCUUCACCCCCUUGUAAGAGGUGCUUAAUAUCAGUUCCUACUGAUACAACCCGGGACACAGGCAAAAACUCUUGUUGAUUUCAGCAGUUUUGCCUGAGUAAGGGCUGCAGGAUUGGCCCAUACUCCUGAAGUUUGAAUGUACCGUAACUACAGAAGAACUUUCCUCUCCUAGUUGAAUGUUAAUGAAUGGUACAGUAUGCACAGACACAUAAGGGUCCAGCCUCCAUUUCUCUCUGCUCAGGAAAUGAAUACAAAACCGGAAUAUACAUGGUAAAAGCUAGGAGCUAAACUGAUGCUUUAAGGAGAAUUUGAACAGAAGUUGAACUAAAUCUAUAGAAUCAAUAAACAAACACUGUUUUUGAAGAGAUGGCUACAAUAAGCUCAACUCAAUCAAAGGCCAGUGGAAAUACAGCCCAAGCUUCUUACCUCUCUUGAAGAGUGUGGGAGAUAGUGAGUGUUCAUUCAACUUGCUGCAGUUUUGAUCUUUUACUUUACAGAAAUGUUUAUGGCAUGAAGUUCUGUAUAAGAAAUGUGUAUACACAAAUACAUGACAAUUAUACGUUAAUUUUUUUUACAAUAUUAAAUGUAUAAUAUACAAUUCUACAGAUAUCUUACAUAGAAAGGUAACGUAGUGCCAUCUUUUCAAAUAUGGCCGUACCUAGCAAUUUUAUUUAGUGUGUCAAACAAGCAUAAAACCAUGAAAUAAAAUAACUUUAAAAAUCUUUAGACAGAUUUGGUCAAAUAACCAUCAACUGUUCUGCUAAGGUAGCAGGCCAGUGGGCUAAGAUUUUCAUGAGUGACUUGUGAUUUUGGGUGCCCAAUUGGGGGAAAUUUGAAGAAGCCUCAUUUUUCAGAAGGCAUUUUCCAAAAAUCAGAGCCACAUACAGUCUCCAGCAUGGGCACCCAAAAUUACUAGGCACUUUUGACAAAUUUUGUGUUAAACUCCAGGUCCUAAUUUCUGCCCAAGUAAUCAGAUGGCAUUAGAGAAACAGAAUUGUCAAAUAUUGCUGACUAUUUAAUACUCAGUACCUUGUUCUAUAUAGUUGUACUUACGCAUCUAAAAACAGUUUAAUUAAAAUUCAACAUCUACAACAGUAUUCUAUAAAUUAUAGUGGGAGAAAUUAAAUUGCGAUUAACACAUGAAUUAGUUAUUGAGGACCCAAUCAUGCUAAACAGCAGUAAACAGGAUUUAGCAGAAUGCUAUUUAUAUACUUGCACCUGCAAACACAGUGCUGUCUCCUGAGUUAAGGAAGCUGCGUAAGUCAGAAGAGUUGAUACUGUAUUUGUUAAAGGAAUAGUAACCUCCUACAGACAAAUGGCUUCUUUAAAGCAAAAAAUACAGAUACAGGGCAGCUAGAAAAUGAGUAUUUUAAUAGUAGUUCAAAAUUAAUAGAAGGAAAAAUAAACAAAACCUGACCUGUUCCUGUCAGACAGAAAAAUAUGGGGCUUUAUCAUCCUUUGUAAAAAUUCCCGGGCCAUGGAGAGUAGGGGGUGUCCAAAAUAUUUAACACCUGCUCCUGCAUGUGGGUUUUAAGUAUAUUUAGUAAAAGAAUAAUGAAGCAAUGGCAGAUGCUUUGGCAAAUGCUUGGCAGAACCACCACUCCAAUGAUGAUGCAAAACGUUGAAACUCUGAGAGAAAGAACAAAAUUGGCAUCUCAAAAGAACUAUAACUCCACAUUUGGGGCCUGUGCUGUGCUGUUUUGAUGUCAGAUGGCCUUACUAAAAAAUCCCUACUUUUGCACAUAUUAGCCACAACUAGUCCUCAAUUGUGUUUAAAGUAUGAGCACCAGAUGACUAUGAAUUGGUCCUUCUCUGAUUUUGUAUUCUGUACACAGAGUUAUUUCAGUUGUAAAUGUUUUAUAAAAAUAAGCCAUUUGCUUGCACAAAUGAGUUACAAUCACAGAAACGUAACACAACAUAUGGAGGUGUAAAGGUGUAAAUCUGAUAUGAGAGAAGUGUGGCAUUCAGACAGGGAAGAUACUCAGUGCAGUUUUUAAGGUACCAUCUUCCUUUUGGUGGACCCUGUUUCAUUGCCUUAUACUAUCACUGAGGAGGGAAGGGAUGGUGUCAAAAGAACUGUCGUUUCUCCAGCUGACAUAUUCAAAUUGCUUCAAUUGGUCUUUCUGCAGAAGCCCAAUCAAGGGUCAGUACUUUGUGAAGCUUUGCCUUUUUCAACAUCACAGCUGUUC